CCUGGAGAGAGAAGUACAUAAGAGAGAUGGCUGUGUCCUAGACCUCGGCCAGAGAGAGACUAAGCAUUGAAAAAGAGGCGUUAGGAACUCAAAUCAAAGGUUUUUGCAGCCACGAACAACCCAACAUAACGGUUUUUUGCACCAGGCAACGCCUAUCUGGAGAGAGAAAGAGGGAGAGGGAGAGAGAGAGAGAGAGAGAGAGAGCUGAAAAGGCCAUUGUUGCCUGGUCUUGCUCUUUCUCAAAGGACCCAAUGGGACUUGGAGGUGGUUUCUGGGAAUUUGUGAAGCCCAUUGCGAGAUACGAGAACUUGGAUUUUCUCAGAGACAAGAAAGUUGCAGUGGACCUCUCUUAUUGGAUUGUUCAGCACCAAACUGCUUUGAAGGGGAAUGCCAGGAAUCCCCAUUUGAGGGUCACGUUUUUCAGAACCAUUAAUCUCUUCUCCAAGGUUGGGGCCUAUCCAGUUUUUGUUUUGGAUGGAAACCCUUCACCAUUGAAGGCGCAAGCAAGGGCCGAGAGGUUUUUCAGAAUGUCAGGCAUCGACAUUUCAGGUUUUUCACACUCUGAAAAUGAGACCAUUGCGAGAAAUCCAGUUUUCAACAGAAGUGUUCAAGAAUGUGUGGAACUGCUUGAGCUGUUGGGGAUGCCUAUUUUGAAAGCAGAAUGUGAGGCUGAAGCACUCUGUGCUCAGUUGGAUAGUGAAGGCCGUGUGGAUGCUUGUAUAACAGCUGACAGUGAUGCCUUUCUUUAUGGAGCAAAGUGUGUGAUAAAAUCUCUCCAAUACAAUUUUAAAGAACGUUGUGUUGAGUGCUACCAAGCAGCAGACAUAGAAAGUCGUCUUGGAUUGAAGAGGAAACAAAUGAUAGUCAUAGCAUUGCUAGUUGGGAAUGACUAUGACAUGCGAGGAGUUCCAGGGAUAGGGUUUACUACUGCAGCUCGCUUUGUCCAGUUGUUCCAUGAUGAUGAGAUUUUAGAUCGGUUACGUGAUCUAGGAACAGGGAAUGCGUCAUGCCUUUUGGACAAUACCAAGUUAUUCGAAGACUUAGGGGAGUCUAAUUCAGCUGUUAGCCCAACCAAGAAAAGAGUUUCUCAUUGUUCAAAUUGUGGACACCCUGGUACUAAAGGUAUUCAUAUGAGGCUUGCCUGUGACUAUUGCAUUCACAAUGGUCUUGAAGGCUGCCAACCAAAGCCUCAGAACUUUACCUGUGAAUGCAGUCACUGCAUUGAGGAAAGAAAGAGCAAGGAUCAGAAGAAAUGCAUGAGUUGGAGAGAAAAAAUUUGUACAAAGAUAGCAACAGUUGGGAACUUCCCAAAUGAAGAAAUCAUAGAAAUGUUUCUCUGUCAGAACCAUGGGAUUUUCAAUGGGAUCGAUGGAUCUACUCUUUCAUGGAAAGCACCAGAAACUGAGCUUUUAGUGGACUUCUUAGAAUAUCAUCAGCACUGGAGUCCUUCACUUAUUCGCCAAGGAAUGCUUCCACUUCUCUCUACCAUAUUUCUUCGAGAGAUGGCUUCUAGGCAUACAGAGGGUCUACUACUUUGUGACAAGUAUGAAUUUCAUUCGAUUCAGAGAGAGAAAGCAAGAUAUGGCCAUCCAUUUUACGUGGUGAAGUGGAAAAGGGCAGGUUCAUUUCCAAUCAAUCUUGAGGAUUUUGGGCCAAAAAAUGCGCGGAUUGUUCAUGAACAAGAUGAAAAUAUAGACGGUGGAGAUCUUAUCGAUCUGCUGGAUGACAAUCCCGACGAUCAUCAGAUCAUAACAUUUAAUGGAUGUGAGUUUCUUUCCACUGAUGAGGACGUGGGGCUGGUGCAGGCUGCCUUUCCUGAAAUAGUCGAGAUAUUCCUUAAAGGAAAGGAAACAAAGAAAGAGAAAUCCAUGAAAAACAAGACAGGAAAGGAAACAGGUGACACCCAGAGGAGCAUCACCGAAUUCUUCAGAGUGACCAAGCCAUUGAUAUCUCCAAAAAGUGGUGAGGACCCCAUGAAGGGAGAUAUUGAGGAGAAUUCCAGAGCUAUAACGACUAAAAAUUCAAAGAAAUACAAGAGAAAUUCUGGGGAGGGAGUCAGUGAGGAGAAUUCCGGAGGUACAACGCCUAAAAAUUCAAAGAAAUACAAGAGAAAUUCUGGGGCAAUAUCAGAAACAAGAAGUUCAGAGGACCGGACCUUCUCAAAGUCGGUUAGAAGACGCCUGCUUUUAGGUUAGGCCUCAUUCAACAGUUCCUUUUUUUUGCCUCUUUUCAUGUAAAUAUCAGAAAAAGGAAAUCAAAUUUUGAAGGAGAGGGAGAAGUGUGGAUACAAGGUUGUGGGGGGGAGGGUCUUUGGUUUUUUCUGAUUUUGGUGUUUUUUUUCAUCUUUUUGUUAAGGUUAUACCCAAAGUGGUGUGUAUAUCUGUAAA